AGUCACGUUGCCGCUGCGCCGCGCUGCGCCGUGCUGCGCGAUCCUGCUGAUCCCGGUGAUCCCGGCGAUCCUGCACCAUUGUUUCACACUUCCUGUGUCUCGUGCGCAGAGCGAGUCGUGCGGACGCGGCAGCCGCCGGCUCUCGGUAACGGGCCGAAAUGACGUGCUGAGGUGCCGGAUCCCUCCGCGCCGACAGACCGCGCAGGUACGGCGUCGCAGGCGCGUUCAGAAACGAGCGCUGGCUGCCGGGAGCGCGCCGCGUUACGUACCGCACACGGGCAGACAGACGCAGAGUCGGCUGGCGAGCGCGUCACAGGCUUCGUGAUGAUUUGACAAGAUGAACGAUCUAAUUGUGCACUUGGAUGGCACCCUGCACUCCGCAGCAAGUUCAGCAACAGUAAUUGACCCACGGGCACAGGCUAAUGCUCUCUUUGCUCUUCAUUUCCUCACGAGACUCGAGACAUUUCAGCCAACCGUAACUGCGUCUCCGGCUGUUUGAGGUGAAGCUGAUCGCCAUGAGCGGAAUACUGAAAAGGAAGUUCGAGGAGGUGGACACCUCCUCCCCCUGCUCAUCAUUGCGGGAGUCUGACGACGAGGUCUCCAGCAGCGAGAGCGGGGACAGCAGCGACAGCGCCAACCCUUCGGCCACGAGCCACUUCACCCCUGCGUCGAUACUAAAGAGGGAGAAGCGCAUGAGAACAAGGAAAGUGCACUUUGAGAAGGUGACUGUGUACUACUUCAGCCGCCGUCAGGGCUUCACCAGUGUGCCCAGCCAGGGUGGCAGCACCCUGGGCAUGUCGAGCCGCCACUGCGGGGUGCGCCAUUACACCCUGGGUGAGUUCGCCCUAGAGCAAGAGCGUAUCCACCGGGACAUGCUCCGAGACCACCUGAAGGAGGAGAAGCUGAACUCCAUAAAACUGAAGCUGACUAAGAAUGGGACCGUGGAGUCGGAGGAAGCCAGCGUUCUCACUGUGGAUGACAUCUCCGACGAUGACAUUGACCUGGACAACACCGAGGUGGAUGAAUACUUCUUCUUGCAGCCCCUCACUACCAAGAAGAGGAGGGCUCUGCUACGGGCUUCAGGUGUAAAGAGGAUUGACGUGGAGGAGAAACAUGAGCUCCGAGCAAUCCGUGUAUCGCGAGAGGACUGCGGCUGCGACUGCAGGGUCUUCUGUGACCCGGAGACCUGCGCCUGCAGCAUGGCAGGCAUUAAGUGUCAGGUGGAUCGUAUGUCUUUCCCAUGUGGCUGCACUAAGGAGGGUUGCAGCAACACAGCAGGCAGGAUCGAAUUCAACCCUAUCCGCGUACGGACUCACUUCUUGCAUACCAUCAUGAAGCUGGAGCUGGAAAAGAGUAGGGAGCAACAGCAGGCCUCCGUCAGCAAUGGUUACCAUGGAGAGCCCAAUGUCCAUAGCAACCCUCUAGUCCAGGCCCAGCAUGGGCUGGAGUAUUCCUUGGCGGACUCCGUUCCUCAAGCCGCCAUCAUGCAUCUCCAGACAGCUGACGAGAUGGAUGAGCCCACUGAAGAUGACGAAGAGGAGGAAGAGGAAGAGGAUGAAGACAAUGAGGAAGACGGUGAGGAGGAAGAUGAGGUCAGCAGCUUAUGCAGUGGCCUCACCGACUCCAGCACUCAGAGCUUGGCUGCCAGCGACUCUGAGGAAGAGGACGAUGAGGAAGACAAGUCGGAUGGCUUUGAGGACGGGACGGUCACGCCCUCCAUACCCCAUUCUGAAGCAGUACCACUUUCCUCAGUUUUAUGCUACCCUGAUGGUGCAGUGGUGCCAGAAGGCCACAACAGCGGCAACUGUUACUUCUCCAGCACCCCAGUGGAAUACUAUCAAAUGGAGAACUCUGUCACAGCUUCAACCAACACCACAACCAGCCCAUCCAACGACUCCUACACUGAGGUCUCCUCUUUCCAAGAUGGGGUCACCAAGGGCAAUGGAGUCACAUCUCUAGGGGGGUUCGGUAUGGCAACGGACCAGUACCCAGACUACAACCGGCAGCCUGGGGAGCAGUAUGGCAGCCACCAUUUUAGCUUGGCGAGUGGCACCAACUCGGUCAUUGUCUGCACGCCCGACCAGGAGAAUAACAUACAGUCCAACAGCUUGUACCGUGAACAGCAGGCAGGCCAUGCCCAGAUGGAUUUCCAAAACUAUUUGAACAAUAACUCGCAGGAGCCGUAUGUCAGCAAUGGGAAUUGCUUCAUGGCUGAGCAGCUCAAAGAAGUUUCCAGUGGGCUGUCUGACGUCCCCUCCCUACCAGACAGUAGAAAGCAACCUCCAUUAAUGGAGAGUUUUCCCCAGGUAACACCCGUUUAG